GUUACGACCCAGCGCACGAGCACGAUUUGAGCAGCUCAAUGGUCUCAAGCUUGGAGAUCGCAAGCCGUCGGCAUUGCUCCGCGAACUUCAGCGCAUCGCUGGUCCCUUAUUCUUGAGCGAAGAGGGGAUAAAGGAGCUGUGGUUUGCACGUCUCCCAGAGCCACUGCCGGUAAUGCUGUCCAUGUUUAUAGAUGCAUCCCUGAAAGACUUAGCUACCAAGGCAGACGCUGCGUUCGAACGUUUUCCGCAGCAGACGACCAGUAACUCCGGUGACGUAUUCUCACCGAUGAAAACCGAAUCCCAUGUUUUUUCCCAGUCGCUAGACCGAUCUGACUGUAAAGACGAGGAAAUUGCGCUACUUCGCAGCAGGAUAGCAGCACUGAAGGCUUCGAAGCAG